UAAAUAAACUGUGUACAUUUUCCCUGAACGAGCAAUCAAUUUGGUUUUCCUAAUAAAUGUACUAUUUCGUUCUAAUUUGCGCAGUAAUACCAAAUUUGGUAUACACCGCUAACAUACUUAUAUGGAAUCCCACAAUUGCUUACUGUCAUGUAAAAUUUCUUGGAAAUGUAGCUGAUGUACUGACAGCCGAUGGUCACAAUGUGACGAUAUUCUCUCCCGUCAUUGAACCAAAACUCAAAGCGUUCCACAAUCGCCUUCCAGCACAUACGCUUACAUUCUCUGCAAAAAAUAUCGGUGACGGAUAUUUGAAAACUGUGAAAACAACUUCCAUAUGGGAAACGCUAACCUCGCGCGAUCUUCCAAUCAUCAUGGAUGAAUUUGUUUUAUUGCUUGAAUUGACCGCUAACUACUGCAAAGAUUUAAUAGAGGACAAAGAAAUGCUAUCUAUACUGAAUAGUUCCAAAUUUGACCUCGCUUAUAACGAAGCUCUCGACGAUUGCGCUCCUGGCAUAUUCCAGAUUCUAGGGAUCAAAAACGUGGUGUUAUUGUCUGUAGUUGGAGCGCUGCCUCGAUUAAACGAUGUGGCAGGAUUGAGCGAUUUUCCUAGCUUUGUGCCAGGACCGACUACGCCUUACUCAGAUCAGAUGACCUUCAUGGAGAGAAUCAAAAACUUCAAAGCGAGCAUUGAAAUGAGGGCUUUCGAGGAUAGAUGGGAUCGCAAAAUACGGAAAUUAUUUGAUGCGAAAUAUCCUGGAUUUCCCUCUAUACUUAGCAUCUAUCAUGAUAAAACCUCACUAAUUAUGACCAACGUCAAUGAAUUUGCGCAAAGCUCUCGACCGACCUCGAACAUGAUAAGAUAUAUAGGAGGAUCAGCACUACCUGAUCCAAAACCGUUGCCAUCAGAGCUUGAUAAAGUGCUCAGCAAAAGAAAUAAGACAGUGCUUUUCUCUAUGGGUUCCAUUGCUCGAUCCGUGGAUAUGCCCUUGUGGCUAAAGAAUAAUAUUCUGGAAACAUUCGAUUCAUUUCCUGAUGUAACUUUCAUAUGGAAAUAUGAAGGAGAUGACAUUAUUUUUGAAGCUCAUCCAAACGUCCACCCGAUUAAGUGGAUACCGCAGAUUGACUUGCUAGCUGACAAGCGUCUCUCACUGUUUAUCACGCACGGUGGCAUCAACUCCGUCUUGGAAGCGAUUCACCAUGGAAAGCCCUUGAUUGUAAUACCAUUAUUUGGCGAUCAGCCUUACACAGCGAGAAACAUUGAAAGAAGAGGCCUAGGAAUGUAUAUCAAACCAUAUAAUCUGAACAAGAAAACGCUUACGGAGGCAAUCAGACGAGUGCUAAACGAUAAUAAAAUACAUAAAAAAGCAGCUUUUGUGGCUUCGAUGCUAGAAGGUCGACCGCAACAAUACCGUGAAGAUAUCGCUAAAUGGGCGAGGCUUAUCGUCAAAUAUGGAAAGAUGAAGCAUCUCAUGAUGCAUUCGAGAAACUUGUAUAUUUUACAGUAUUACUGUUUAGAUAUUAUUGGAUUCAUGCUAGGUUGCUGCUCUGUUCUUGUAUUUCAUGGAGUAAUGUAUACUGUAGCACACGGUGGAGCUGGUGAUAACUCGCGCCUCAACUUGAGCUUAAAAACCGCUCGCAGAAUGAAUGGCGAAGCUGAGCCACUGCUUCGUUUUUCGGAAGCAAAGAAAGUGCUAGGCGAGAUUUACAAUGAUCUUGGAAAACAUGUCGACGAGCUGGAUGAAGUUUACAAAGAUAUCGCUGUUCCACCAGUGCCUGGCUCUGGAGAUUCGGGUGUGUGCAUGGUGCCUGAUGAGCAAGCAGCUGAAAUUGAACAAUUUCGCGAGUCGAUACGUACCAUCAUGGAAACGUUUAGACGGGACAACAUGAAGGUCGUCUUUUUUGGGAGGACAAGCAAUGGUAAAAGCACGACAAUCAAUGCAAUGCUGCAUGCAAAAAUCCUUCCUCAAGGAAUGGGUCAUACAACAUGUUGUUUUCUGCAGGUCCAAGGUUGCAACGAAGAACAAGGCUAUUUGCUUCCUGAAGAUAGUGAUGAGCGUAUACCUAUAGAACAACUUAGUAAGAUAGGUCAUGCUCUAAGCAGUGACAAUUCUGGGCUACCUUCCAUGGGUCAGGACUCAUUGCUACGUGUAUUUUAUCCCAAGGGAAAGGGUGAAGGAGAGAACCGGCUGCUGCAAAAUGAUGUCGUGAUUUUGGAUAGUCCUGGUGUCGAUCUAUCACCAGAAUUCGAUAGUUGGAUCGAUAAGCAUUGCUUAGAUGCUGAUGUUUUUGUGCUAGUAUUGAACGCUGAGUCGACUCUUACACAAGCGGAGAAAAGUUUCUUCUACCGUGUUGCGAAGAAGCUCAGCAAGCCGAAUGUGUUUAUACUUAACAAUCGCUGGGAUGCUAGCGCUUCAGAAUCUGAGCAUGUGGAUGACGUUAGACAGCAACAUCUAACGCGCUUUCGCCAGUUCCUGGUGAAUGAAUUGGAAGUUGCAACAGAUCGAGAUGUAAAAGAUAGGAUAUUCUUCGUAUCUUCGCGCGAGGUUCUUGAUGCCCGCCUGAAAGCUCGUGGCCUCAUCAAUAAACCCUAUCAAAUGGAUGGACAUCAAGUGAGAGCUAUGGAGUUCGAAAUGUUCGAGAAACAGUUUGAGCAGUGUAUAUCAAGAGCGGCUAUUCGAACGAAGUUUGAAGCUCAUAAGCGACGAGCUAACGAAAUAAUUACACGUAUGCGAGCCAACGUAGACGUCGUACAUGCAGCUGCCUCUGCUAACAAGCAAAAUCUUGAGCGACAAUUACAGAUUAGCACUCAAGUUUUCAAUGACUGCCGCAUGAAUUUCGCUCAGUUCGAACGUGCUUACCGUGAACAGACAGAGCGACUGAGGGCUGAAGUGCAUUUGAAGGUGUCCGCUGACUUCAGCGAAGAAAUCAUGAGGCUAGAAGCAAUAGUAGAUCGUUUCAAUAUGCCAUUUAUGGAUACUAAACAGGGAAUUAUCGAAUAUAAACAGGCACUAGCUGAGUUCACCGAUAAAUGUGUUAGUUCGGACCUUGAAGCAAGAUGUACAGGUGGCCUAAUGUCAAGAAUAUGGAAUCUGGAGAAUGACAUGUUCCAGUAUGUCACGAAAAUUCUCGCGGAACCGUACCAGCAUAAACUCGAAGAAGUUUGGCGAUAUAGGGCCCCCUUCAAAUUCAGUAUCUGUGUGGAUGCUCCGGGCCUGACGAAAGAUUUUCAUGAAGACCUUGAGUUUCGCUUCACAUUUGGUCUGUCUGCUAUAAUCCGUAGAAUAAUCGCAUACCGAUCUGGUCAACCUGUCACAGCCAUUGAAGCAAACAUAUUAACACCCUUAGCCCUGAAAAAUGCGGGGCGUAGCAAUGAAGAACUACACAGAGAAGCUAUGAGUAAAGCGACGGAAGAAAAUGCAAUGAUGACGCAAAUGGUGCUGACGUCAGCAAGCUACCUUGCCAACGGCAGUAUAGGAUUACUUGUCGUAGGCGGUCUCGUGUAUAGAGCAGUUGGAUGGAGGGUAAUUGCUGUGGCGGGUGCGGCCUAUGGCGGUCUUUACAUCUGGGAGCGUAUGCGAUGGAGCUCUCACGCAAAGGAACAACAUUUGAAAGAGCAGUUUCGCUCACAUCUGGCAGCUCGUAUGCAACAGGUUGGAGCAGCCCAUACAACACAUUGCGAAACUCAGGCUAUGAGGGAGAUGGACCAAGUUUUUGAUGGCCUUCGUACAACCGUUGCCGGAGUUCAUAGAGAAAUGAAGGAUGAGCUGGACAAAAGCAAAAAAGAGAUUGAAAAGGUCGACGGCACGUUGAAGAGCCUCGCAACGAUAAAGGGUAAAACGGCGUUUUUACUGCGUAACCUGGAGCACUUUUCCUCAACUUUCUUGAGGCCAGAAAGUCCUUCACCUUGAGAACAUUUUUGAUUAUUGUUUUAGUGCUAUACAAUCAUAAGUUUGUAAAGAUUCCUAUCGUUGUUAGCAGAGCUUGUUUUUUAUUGUAACGUUGUGUGUAUAGUAUUUUUGAGAUUAUGUUCUUAUCAUGCUCCAAAUCCGUUUCUUCCAAUGUGCACGUAGCCCGUUUGUGGUUACUUCUGGAGCUAUAGUUUUGAGCUCCACAUUUGGUUAAUAGUAUUUGAAAGUAAAAUAGUGUCUCUGAAAAUUUGGUGCUUCACUCUUUAGUUUUGAACUAGUCUCUCACUCAUCAUUGUUUGAAUUGUAAGCAUUUACCUCGUUUCGAGCGAGUUAGCAGUUUUGGGUAUCAAGUACCAUUGAUGACAGUUGUGUGAAUCAAUUUGCUAAUUGCACCUGUUUCCUGCCAUUGUAGAGAUGGAUUGAGCUGUCAAAGUGCUCUUUAUGGGCUGAUUAGAGACAUAUUUAUGUACGUGUAAUUUAGGCUGAUAGGUUAGCAAUAGAGCUUGUUAAAAAAACAAUAAAAAUUAUUUGGAUCA